AUUAAGAGUUCUGACUUGGGAUGAAAUAUUUUUCUUUAUUUCUGGCUAUGAUCAUAUCGUUAUAAAUUAUAUUCAUAGUGAUGUAUUCUUGAUUUUAUACCUCAUUAUUCCACGUGCCAUUUUGAUUAGUGAAACGCUAGCUGCUAUAUAGAAGACUGCCAAACUGGACGAAGUGACGAUAAUUGUGUGCUAUGAAACUUAAAGUAAUCGUGGAAGCUGUUUCAGAAAUGUUCAGUUAACGUUUAAUUGAUUGAUCACUAUUGUUUUUAACGCUGAAUAGUUAUAUAUUGGAUCAUUUAAAUAAUUUUUUCAUGUGAAACUCAUAUGGGUUAUAUCAAAGGCAGUUACAGUUUUAUCAAUUGACUAAAUUUUAAAAUAAGAUAAAUUUCAAAUAAUCAUGGCAGUAGAUUUUAAUGAAGUGAAAAUUAAUGUAAGAAGCUUGUUAACCAGUUCUCAAAAACCACUCAGUAUUUUACAGCUUCAAAAAGAUUACCGUGAACAAGAAGGAUGCAACUUACCUUAUAGAAGUUUAGGUUUUAGUUCAGUCAUUGAAUUGCUUCAAAAUAUGAAUGAUGUUUUAAUUGUCCCUCCAAAUCCAAAUGAGUCAUCCACAUUAUCUCUUAUUGUUGAUGAUAAGACCAAUCAUUUAAGAAUGCUUAUUGUUAAACAAAAAUCAAAUACUAAAAAAAAGAAAGCUAAACCUAAUAUGAAUAGACGAUAUGGAUAUCAAACAAGUUCUAAUGGAAACAAAACUUUUUCUGGACAUAGCUCUUAUAAUAAAACCAACAAUUAUGCAAGCAACAUCUCUCAAAAUAAUAGAAAUGGUUUUCAUAGAUACAAUAAUUCCUCUAUGAGUCAUAAUCAAUUAAAUCAAUCAUCUUCAUCAAUAAUUAAAAGUUAUUCUAAUUUGAAUAGAAAUGGUUUCAACCAAAAUAUAAAUUCUAGUAAUGGUUAUGUAACAGAUAAAUUACGUUCUGACAUAGAAAGAUUCAUACUUGAAAAUCAAAAGCCAAUAUCUUUGUGUCAAUUAGAAGAAAUAGUAAAACAACAUUCUGAUUGUUCAAUUUUGAAAAUAAACUGUAUGCAAGAUUUAAAAAAUCGAUUUAAAGAUUUUUUAAAUAUAAAUGAUACUAGUGUUUCUUUAAAAAAUACACUACAAUCUAAAACUAAUAUAGUUAGCUUACAUCAUAAUACAGAUGUUCAAAUUAAACCUUUAAGACCAUUUGAUUUUAAUAAAUUCUCAAAUAAUAAUACACUACCUAGUUUUUCAUCUAUAAAUCAUGAUAAUGACAAAGAUGAAAAUGUUAUAAAUUCAAAAGAAUAUGAUGGUAAUAAGCAAAAUACAGUGUCUGAUUCGUAUAGACGGUUAACAGAUAAUGGAUUAGAAGCAAAUAUACCUCAUGAUAAAAAUCAAAGUCAUAAUUAUGGAAAGAAUAAUAAAUUAAAUAGAUCAAUUGAAUCUUCGAUUGAUUAUAUAGAUAUAUGUAAAAAUCAAAAUAAGAUUAAAGCACUUGAAGUUGGUUUUUAUAAUAAAAAAAAAAACUCUGAUUUUGCUGAAAUUAGUUUAAGAAAAAAUAUUGAAUAUGUAAAAAAACUAUCAGAAAAUAAAAAAAAUAAAAAAGUUGAUACAGAACUUGUAAAUGGAAAGAAAUCUGAAUCUUGUUUUAUUACUAUAAAUGGUGAAAAUUCUCUAAAUAAUUCAAAUUUAUUUUUGCAUUCUACUCCAAAAAAAAAUAAUAAUGAUAAAAUAAUAUUGAAUGUAGACCAAUGUAUUCCCGAAGAAGUAAGGUUAAAUAUUGCAAGAAUAUUCAAAGUGUACUGUAAUGGUUUGAAUAUUGAGAAUUUUAAAUUCAUUUAUUCUAAAUUGUACUGUACUGUUCUUGAUCCAACUUAUUUUGGUUUUACAUCAAUUAAACAAUUGUUAAAAGAAUUAGAUCAAAUGAUUGAAAUACGUAAUAAUAUACUAUAUUCGAAAAAUGAACUUAUACUGUGUGAAAAUAUAGAUUUUAAAAAUAAAAACGAUUUUAUAUUAACGUGCAUUUGUUUAAGUAACGGAAUAGAAAUUUCUACAAUUAUAGAACAGCCAAUAUUGUCUUUCAAUAAGAACAAUUUAAAAAAAAUGCUGUUGGUUGAAACAUAUAAUCCAAGUUUAUUUUAUUUACAAUUAUGUAAUGAGGUUGAUGAAUUUAAUCGUUUAAUGAUGCGAAUGCAAAAUUGUUAUGAAACUGAAAAUAAAAACUAUCUUGUCAAACUAAAUCAAAUUUUACUAGGUUCAUUUUAUGCAUCUUCCUAUACUUCAUUUUCAAAUACAAAACAGUGGUAUAGAGUUAGAGUUAUAAGAGAAAUUAAUCCAACCACUGUUGAGGUUAUUCAUGUGGACUAUGGAACUGUUGAUAAUAUACCUAAGACUGAAUUACGAUUUUUGAAAAGUGAAUUUUGUAAUUUACCAUGUCAAGCGAUUCAUUGUUGUUUGACUGGUUAUAAUGAACUUGAUACAAUUGCAUCUGAAGUUACAAACGCAUUUUUAGAAAUCAUAAAUAUUAAUAAGGAGGUUUUGGUUAUAGUUGAUGAUCAUUUUAUAUUGAAUAAUCAGUGCCAAAUCUUGCAUGUCACCUUAUUCCAAAACAAAUCAAAUGAUUCAAAAAAACUAGAAAAUAUUAAUAAUGAGUUAACUAUAUGGCAUUUGAAACGUUAAGAAUUAUACAUUUACAAGACAACUUUUAUUGAACAGGACAAUAUAUGAUGCUACUGUAAGUUAUUCAUAAGUUAUUCAAUCUUCCGCAGUUAUCUAGAUGAUUAUAUUAUUCAACUUAUUUGUUAUAAG